AUGAAGACAAGAGAUGAAAGAGUUCGGCUGAUCCAGUGCCUCCCCGACUCUAACAAGGGGUUGAACAAAGAUUUUCUUAUCGUAUCUGGGGAAUGGCACGAUGGCGUUCCCUGCCCAGUGGUGGAAGGAGAGCCAGAUCUGAACGCCUUUCCUCAGCAUUUUCAUCUAGUUAACCGAGCCGACUUGGAGACUGUUCUCAAUACGGCAGAUUUUAUAAAUGAGGAGGACGAGGGCAUUCCAUUGGUAGAUCUUCCUCCUUCUCCUCCAGCGUCAGAAGGUGAGGGCGAGUUCAGUUCGUUCGAGGAGGGAUUUAGGGUUUUUGAACAAGUCAACCCGUCUGAGGAUCCUUCUGGUGACCUAGGGGAUCCAGCCUUGUCCGAGGCAGAAUUGUCAUUAGUGGGCACAUCUUCUCGAACGGGGAUGGGACUCAAGAGGAAGCCCUCAACCAGCUUAAUCGAACUCCUCGAGGGUCAACCAAGGAAGGGUGCGCAGGGAACGCCGCAAUCCAAUGCUCCGUCCCCACCACCUCAGCCCCAGACUAUCCAGACCAAGUCAUCCUCCACAAAGUCACAGCCACAGUCCCCCCGCCCCAAACUUCCUGCUCUUACCCAACCAACUCUGCCUCCUCGGCCAAAAGGUACUGAUUCAAAGAGAAAGAGGAGCCCCAAGGACAAGGAAACCAUGGAUGGGGUAAAAUCCCAACCUUCUAAGGAGAGGGAGGAAGGCCCACGCGCGAAACAAUUGAAGAUUGGGCACCAAAGCAAGGGUAAAGAGACUGAAUCCCAAUCUUCCCAAGGCAAGGGAAAGGGGAUCGAGGCCCAAUCCUUGCCAAAUGCCUAG